AUGCCCUCCGAGGCGCCCGGCAGCGGCGAGGGCGCGGACGCGGGCGCUCCGCGGGAGCGGCGGAGGCGGCGGGGCCGUGCGCGGGCGCGGACCGAGGCGCUGCUGCACACGCUGAAGCGCAGCCGGCGGGUCAAGGCCAACGACCGCGAGCGGAACCGCAUGCACCACCUCAACGCCGCGCUGGACGAGCUCCGCAGCGUCCUGCCCACCUUCCCCGACGACACCAAGCUCACCAAGAUCGAGACCCUGCGCUUCGCCUACAACUACAUCUGGGCGCUGUCCGAGACCCUCCGCCUGGCCGAGCAGUGCCUCCCUCCUCCCGGCCCGUUCCGCGGGGCCGCCGCGCCCCCCAGCCCCGGCAGCGACGCGGGGUCGUGGCUGUCCAGCGCCUCGCCGUCCGCCCCCUCGCUCUGCGCCUCCGCCUCGGGCCCCAGCAGCCCGGCCACCUCCGAGGACUGCGCUUACCCCCCGGCCGACAGCCUGCGGGGGUUCCGCGGGCUGCCCGCGGCCCCGGGCGCGCCCCUCCGCUAG